UCACGGACAUGGAGAAGGUGGAUUCAAUGAAGGCCCUGGCGAGCCACUGGCGCAUCUUCAGGAUUAUCGGAGUGUAUCCGCCGGCGAGGACAACCGUCUGGGGUCGCCACUACACUGCGUACUCCGUGGUGUGGAACGUGGUCUUUAACGCCUGCCUCUGGGUGUCCUUUUCGGUCAACCUCCUGCAGUCCAACUCGCUGCAGACCUUCUGCGAGAGCUUCUGCCUGACCUUGCCGCACACGAUCUACCUGCUGAAGCUGACCAAUGUCCGUCGGAUGCGCGACGGGCUGAUCCGCAGCCACCAGGUUCUCCGUCACUUGGACAGCCGGUUGGGCAGCUCCGACGAACGACAGAUCCUUAAGGCGGGCAUCGAUCAUGCCAUGCUCAUAUUCCGCACCAUAUUGACCGGCGUUGUGUCCACCCUCAGUGUUGGGAUCAUUUACAUGGCCGUGUCCAGCGAGCCCACGGUGAUGUACCCCUCCUGGAUUCCCUGGAACUGGAGGGACAGCUGGUCCACCUACCUCUCCACCGUCCUGCUGCACACCAGCGCCAUCUUUGCGAACGCGGCAACGGUCCUCAACCUGACCACCUACCCGGGCACCUACCUCAUCCUGGUCAGUGCCCACGCCAAGGCGCUCGCCCUGCGGGUGUCCAAGCUGGGAUAUGACACGUCAGUGCCGGCGGAUCGGGUGCAGGCCAUUCUGAUUGGGUACAUCCACGACCACCAGAGCAUUUUGGUCCUCUUUAAGUCACUGGAAAGAUGCCUUUCGAUGACCUGCUUCCUGCAGUUCUUCUCCACGGCUUGUGCCCAGUGCACCAUCUGCUACUUUCUGCUCUUCGUAAAAGUCGGGAUCAUGCGGAUCAUGAACAUGAUGUUCCUGAUGGCGGCCAUCACCACGGAGACCCUUCUGCUCUGCUAUUCGGCGGAGCUCCUCUGCAAGGAGGGGGAUAACCUCCUAGCCGCUGUCUACAGCUGCAACUGGAUGUCCCAACCGGUCAAAUUCCGGAGGCUCCUGCUCCUGAUGCUCGCACACUGUCAGAAGCCACUGAUCCUGGUCUCCGGCGUAGUAGUGCCCCUCAGCAUGGAGACCUUCAUGGUGGUGAUUAAGGGCGCGUACACCAUGCUCACUCUGCUGACUGAAAUCCGUAAAUCGUCGCUUGAGUAGAACUCUUCAUCCGCCCAUCCGUCUGUCUGUCCGUAUCGGUCUGUCCGUAUCGGCCUGUCCGUAUCCGUCUGUCCGUAUCUGCCUGUCCAUAUCGGUCUGUCCGUAUCGGACCGUCCGUAUCGGUCUAUCCGUAUCAACGUUGAGCUCUCGGGAACUUUCGGAGCUAGACAGUUGGGUUUCAACAUGCAGAUUCCAAUUGCUUUAAUUGUUCUAAAUUUUAGCUCAAAAAAAAUACAGAA